CUCGUUAUACCCUCCUCUACAUCCCUGUACACCUUUCCGCCAACCUCGACAUCGACUCGACCACCUCCCCCCCCCUCUUCCCGGCGGUGGGUACCUGGACGGGCCUUCCUCACGGGCGUGCGCAUCCACUCGCUGCCUGCCGUCGCAGCGCGGCCCUGGGCAAGCCAUACCCUCGGCGGCCGCAGCUGAGCGAUGUCGUACGCCCUCAGGUCCGUCCUCAGCUUCUUCCUUGCCGCCAUCUCGGCGGCGGACCUCCCCUCUCGCCCGCGUGUUUGCCGCUUGCCGCCCGCCUGCGCGUCAACCCUGGGCCAGUUGACCCGCACGCGGCUGCCGCAGCGCAACGCCGGUGCAGCUGGGCAAGGUGAAGAGCCUGACCUCCUCCUCGUCGGCGCCCUUUCGGGUGUCGGCUUGGGGAACCGCCACAACUCGCCCAUUUCGACCUCGUUUUCCGCCGUUCUUCUUUCUAUCGACUCGACACACCUUCCUUUACUACCCUCACCUCUCCUCCCCCUCCACACCCUCCUCCACCUUCCUCCCCUUGGGCAGCGGGUAGCUGACCGGUCGACAUGGGUCUGUAGAAGGCCUCAGGCGACUUGAAAUGGAAUCUCUCUCUCUCUCUCU